CAGGUUCGCCAUGUAGUUCCAACGAUGAAAUUUUCGACGAGCAAAUAUCUGAUAUGCCUUGUAGUGAUAAUAUUGGUUUACUGUUCUAUAAUACAUAGUGAUAGUGGCACCCCUAACAAAUUUCACCAAAACAGCAGGAAAAAAUCAUUUAUUUCAGCCGUGUACACGAAAAAAAUGCCCCAAUCUAACGCAACGACGAACGUUAAAGGACUCUGUAGAUGGUUGAGAGGAUUCAAACACCAGAAAGGAUUGUGCUUAAAAAGAAAAGGAUUAGCGCAGUUAUUGAAUGAGUAUAAAAAAUUAACCAUUCAAUCUUGCUCGCUUCAUUUCAGAUAUGAGCAGUGGCCGUGUAAGAUUGAGAGGAAAUUUUUCAAAAAAAUUUACAGGGAAACCGCCCUAAUGUACUCGCUAUCGACGUCGGCUUUUAUGUAUUUGGUGGCCAAAGCGUGCGCUGCUGGAAAACUGGAAAAUUGUAAAUGUGCUAGUCAUGGAAAGUCUGAUAACUCGUCGAAUUGGCAAUGGGGAGGGUGCGGGGACAACGUCAAAUUCGCGAAAAAUUAUACCUACAGAUUUUUCCAACUCAGAAGGAAAGGUGAUACAAAUCAAGGAAUUUACAGACAUAAUAGUGAAAUUGGAAUAAGAACUGUGAUGAAAAGUGAAGAAAAAAUGUGCAAGUGUCACGGCUUAUCAGGCUCCUGCACUUACAAAAUCUGCUUCAAAAAAGUCCGCCCCUUCAAAACCAUCGUGGAGGAAUUAAAGAACCAAUACCACAACGCCAUCAAGGUAGAAUCCGGCAACAACUACAACCUCCGCACGAAAGGAAUCAAGAAGAACCUGGUGUACUUGGAGAGCAGCCCGAACUUCUGUCCCCUCACCGCCAAGCGUCGGUGCAAGGAUGCAGUUAACUGCGACACGCUCUGCUGCGGCCGGGGAUUCGACACCUCCGUGGAAACGGUGAAAGAGACCUGCAGAUGUAGAUGGCGCAACGAGAGCGCUUACCAGGUGGAGUGCCAGCACUGCGAAAGGGACCAAUUGAUUUACGUUUGCCGGUGAUUGAUAACGUUACCUUUCGAUUGCUUUAAUAGAU